ACGCUAAGUAUUCAUUAGAUCACAAUUAAGGGUUUCCUAGCAUCCCAUGUAGGAAUCCACCGGGAGUGAAUGGUCGCUUGUUAGGGAUGAGCACGGAGGCGGAGGCCGAGGCGACGAACGCGUGACCACCUCGUCUUAUUUUAUUCCUGGCCGCUCCAGUUUAGGCUUAUCCCAUUGGGCGGUGGGCGACCAAGCUUUCCCCAGGCAGUCAGGCCUUUGCUUUGGGAGGAAGGAGUCCAGGAACCAAGAGGAUGGCUGCGUGGAUGUGGCACAAGUUUUCGAGCUGGUUCUGGAACCCUGAUGUGUGGCUGCCCCCGAACUACAGCUGGGAAGACCUCGUGCCCAAUGAGAAGAUUCGCUAUGCUAACUGGAGUGAUCUGUGGACGUAUCCAAUUUUCAUGGCAUUUUUGGCAAUUGGCCUCCGUUUUUUGGUGCUCAAUAAGCUUGUCUAUCGACAUAUAGCUCUGGCAGUAGGCCUGAGAGAUGUAAAGCCUCGUCCUGUGGUGCCUAAUGAGACUCUAGAACAAUUGUUCCUUCGAAGCAAAAAACAACCACCAGAAAAUGAAAUUUGUCAAUGUGCAAAACAAUUGCAGUGGACAGAACGCAAAGUAGAAAGAUGGUUACGGCAGAGGCAAGCCAUGACUCGUGUCAAUAAGUUCACCAAGUUUAUGGAGUGUGCCUGGCAGUGUACAUAUUAUACCUUCAUCUUUUUCUAUGGCUUAUAUGUGAUGUCAGAUAAGUCUUGGCUUUGGGAUAUCCGCAAUUGUUGGUACGAAUACCCUAACCACAGUGUUGAUAUUGAUGUCUGGUGGUACUACAUGAUAUCCCUCUCCUUCUAUUGGUCCAUGACCUUUACACAUUUCUUUGAAGCCAAGCGCAAAGAUUUUUGGCAGAUGUUUAUCCACCACAUGGUCACCAUUGCACUCAUCACUUUCUCUUGGACCUGCAACCUAACGAGAAUUGGAACGCUAGUUCUCAUUGUCCAUGACUGUGCUGAUAUCCCCCUCCAGUUGGCAAAAAUGAGCAUCUAUUCAGGGCACAAAGCUUUCUGUGAUGCAGUCUUUGCCAUCUUUGCUAUUUUGUGGAUCAUUACACGUGUUGGUAUAUACCCACUCUGGAUUGUAUACAGCACUGCCAUUGAAGCACCAACAAUUUUGCCCAUGUUCCCUGCUUAUUAUAUAUUUAACUCUCUACUCAUUGCUCUUUUGUUGUUGCAUAUUUAUUGGACAUACUUGAUUUUGCGCAUCAUAGCAACAACAAUUAGCAAGGGCAAUGUUGAAGACAACCGAUCAUCCUCAGAUCCUUCAGAAGUGUCUGAAGACAAUGGAGAAGAGAAGAAACAGAAUUAAGCAGCUGAGAUAGGAAAUUACAAGUAAAGUGGGCCAUAAUCAAACCUGUCAAAUUAUGUAAGAUUUCGUUUGAUUUGCAUCUCAUCCUUCGAAUGAGGCAUAAUUGUCAUAUAUGCAAAUAACGAGUUGAAAAAUUUGUAAUGAAGUUUAUACUGAAAUACUGGUCACUAAUAUAUUUUAUGGAUAUGUUUUUACAUCUGUAGGAUUCUCAGUAGAAUGACAUUGAUAUCUAUCAAAAUAUUUUUAUUGAUGAUAGUCACAUGGCAAAUUUCACAUUAUGCUACAUACACAUGUUUGAAGGCGUCAUAUAAUACAAUUUCUAAAAAGUG